AUGGAUCACCUCUCGCCUCUGGAUCACUCUGCACAAUCAGUCGACGGUACAUCCUCUGAGACCCGUCGAUCAGCGUACGUUUGGCAUCACACUGUGUCUGCACCCCAAGUGGAUAUCACCCCGCUCACGUUGGGCUCAAACCCGUGGAUCACUCAGACGCCGGAAACAUAUAUCGCCGCUCACGGUACAGAGAGUGAGAGGGAAGUGGGAGAACUCCUUGACGAAGGAGAGAGCUCGGAAGAUGAGAUGAUGCAAGGCAUGUCGGAAGGAGGAACUCAAGUGGCUGCUCAGAUGGCACCUGUCAUUCUGCAGUCAAGGUUCCAGCAUCAGAAUGCGCCCCUGCCCGGUAAAGCCUCUCAUCCGAGCGCACAGCGUACUGCGUCCUCCAGUGCUGUGGUGCAUUUUGAGAUUGCAUCAAUGCCCGAGCCCCGUGAGGAUGAACGUCCUAUGAGAAACAAUCAGGACCAAAACGUUGCCGCCAAAGCCUGGAAUACACAAUCUCCUAUUGCUGGCAUACCGCUGUCUGCUUUCGCAAAUGAGCCCUUCGCACGGCUCACAGACAAUGGUCUUGCAUAUCCUGACCUGCCAUCAGGCACAUCAGGUGCAUCGCCAGCAGGAUCUGUCAAUGAUACUGAACUGUCCAAACUCAUGCAGGCCAUGUCGCUUGCCGUAGCAAACGGCAUUGAGAAAGGGGUUCAGAAAGCCUUGAACACAAUGCGGGCAGAACACAAGAAAGCCCCUAGCCGGGCUGAGGCUGAUGAAAGAGGAUAUUACGGAGACGAGGACGAAGUUGGAGACGUAGAACCAUCUACGACCAGAUCUCAGGGCCGAACAGGUCCUCGAGAUAACAAUUUACUUAACUGUGUCCUGCCCACGAAAGGUCAGCUGCCUCGUAGCGCAUCCCUAGCGGCAGUCAAGGCUUUUGCAGAUGGGUUAGGCGAUGGGCCAGACAUUGACGAACCGCUCAUAGAUUGGGAGCACGAGUUGAGCACACCUUGGAACAAGGAACUCCUCUUCUUGUUGUCAAAGAGUUUCCUUCAACGGAUCAAGUCUGGUCAGGAAUUUCCCCUGACCUUUGAUCCUGACCUCCAUAAUAUGAGAAGAACAGAUGCACUCCCGAAGAACGGUGAGGAGAAUGCCGCAUUACGUCGCAACACACGCCGCCAAGGGAUAUUUAACCGGCGAAUGAAUAUCAUCAACGCCAACAAGACUGCAGCACAACCACUCUGGAGCACCAUCAAGGACGCUCUUAACAUGCUCGACGUCACGGGCAUGAGCUCAGAUCACACAGACGAUGAAGCCAGCCAGGACUUUAAGGUCGUUCGUCGCGCUAAAAUGCCAUGGCGUCAUGAAGAUCUUGACGUGCUGUGUCAUGCCAUAGACACAUAUCGGACUGUAUCUACGGUCCCUCAGGCUAGAGGAAACCGAACACUGCCACGUCUGUCCCAACUGUCGACGGGUUCCCCGAAAUCCCACCGUCAAUAUGUUCGUGGCCUGCCGAAUUCAUUCUAUGAUCAGCAGUGGCUGUCAUCUCUAACAAGAGUAGAGCGCCGCAAAGUAGGAUUCACCAAGGCGAUUGACAUACCUCAGCUGGCCGUGCAUGAGGCAUAUCAUACCCAGUGA